AUGGGCAGGCGCCGCCGGCCGAGACCCGCACGGAGGCCCGGCCCGACCCGCCGGCGGGCUCGCCCCGACUCCGGAAGUGACUGUUGUCCGGGCAACGCUCCCAACAGACGGAGCCGCGGGGGCAGCGGUUCGCCCAGUGAGUCCACUCGCCCGGGCCGAGUCCACCCGGGAGGACGGGCGGGCGGAGGCUGUCGGUCGGAGCCGGUGGGAGGUGAGCGCGCGCGGGGCCGGCCCCACGACACUGUCCUCGCGCCCGGGUUCAGCAGCACUUCCGCCCCCCGCAGCGCCGACUUCCGGAAACGCCCCGCUGCUUCCGGUCCGGACGCUCGGGUAGCGAGCGCGGCGACCCGGUUGUGGCCGCUCCGCUGGUCUGGCCCCCAGGCGCCCGGGGACGUGUCCAUAGCUCCAGGGGCGGCCGCCCAGAGUCGCGCGGCCGGCGGGGCCCGGUCACGGUGGCCUCGCAGCUUCUGCGCCGCUAGUGACCGAGAGGAGCGGCCGCCACGAGGCGGGACGAGGCGCCUGCAAAUAGGGCGCCAGGGAAGCGGGCGGGCGCCGCUGCCUGUGUCGGGGGUCGAGGUGCCCUGCGGGCGGGAGACGUUUGCAGAGAUGAAAAUGUUCUGUAUCCAUGUCAUGUCCUGGUUGUGGUGCUGUACUAGAGUCGUGCAAAAUGCAUCCACUAGGGACAACUGGAGUAUUGAGAAGUAAAAUGGAUGAAAAUAAGAUCUUGAACUAAAAUACCUGAUUUGAUAACAAGAGUUAAUCCUAACUUGUACAUGGCAAGUAAAGGUCAAGGAAGACAGCUGAGAAAAAUUCUUCCCUUCUGAGCAACGUGGUCGAUAUGGUAAAGAAGGUCUAUUUAUUUCAUAUGACAGCACAUUUCACAGGAUAUGUACAGAAUGUAUACCACUGACUGUAAUAUAUACUUCUAUAAAGUACAGUUAUAAAUAUCAUAUGCCACAUAAGCAAUAAAGUUCUUACAUAUAAA